GGGGAGGCGCGCGCAAAACAGACAUGGUGGUUUCCGUAGCGCGUGCACAGUUUUGUGAUCAUCGAGUCUCUUGAGCGCGAGUCUCUGCGAGAGGACAGUUAGACAAGAUAUUACAACCAAACACCGAGCUGAAGGACAAAAUUAUAUUCUUCUCGUUGUGUGCUUCAGCAUCAAACAACCGAGUUUAGCCGCGGAAGAGAACAUCCAGGGAUUUUUGGAUUCAUCCAACACCACGGCACUUUGAAGCCAUUACCCAUCAGAACCAGCAGGCUCCAGUGAAAGGGGAAAAGUGCAAAAGGAAUACGGAUCUUAAAGGACAUGCUCAGUAUGGUGCUGUGGAGGGGAGAGCUGAAGUGCUCAACACUGGAAUGACCUCCCACACACUCUCGAUGGGGAUUUCAGCAUAGCCGCACUCCGCUGGAUGGGAGGAGGUGUAUUUCUGUGGCAUCCGACCGCUUUGCUCUGAUUGGCCUGUGUUAUUCAGCUGCCGCACUGACACUGGUCAGAAUGCCAGCUAAAGGGAAGUACUCGCUAGACAAGCAGGAGUUGAAACAGGAAGCCCUGUACAGGAAAUUUUCUGGCAUUAGCCAAUACCGCCAAUUUGUUCUGUUGCUGGGACUGAGCAUCGUCACCUGUGCCACACUGCUAGUGCUCUUCUUCAGCUUUAAACUGAAGGCCCAGAAUCAUGGUAUAUUUGUGGGAGUUGUGGGAGGAGCGUUGUGCUUGUUCCUGGCGGUGUUUGUAUUAGUCUGUACAGAGACCCUUUCUCAGAGAUGGAGAACUUUGCUAGGCCUCGGCGUGUGGGCCACACACCUCACAAUGGGCUUCACCUUUAUUUUCAGCACAAAAAGUGAUUUACAAAUACAGCCAUGGGAUCAGGUGCCCUUCUUCCUCUUCAUCAUCAUUACAGUCUACACCAUGCUGCCGUUCCAGAUGAGCUAUGCUGUAAUCCUGAGUAUCAUCUCCUCUCUAUCUCACAUCAUUGUUCUUUCGGUGUACCUCACAGUGGCCCAACUCCACAGCAAUCCCAUCACCUUUCAGUUGCUGUCAAAUGCUGUGGUGUUUGGGUGUGGAAUUAUGGUUGGGAUUUUUCAUAAGGUCCUGAUGGAGAAAGCUCUCAAGCAGACAUUUCAGGAUACUCUUCGCUGCCUGGGCAUUCGCAUGAAAUUGGAGAUUGAGAAGAGACAGCAGGAAAACCUUUUACAGUCAGUGCUUCCUGUGUACAUCUCCAUGAAGAUGAAGUUGGCCAUUAUGGAGCGCUGCAAGUGCAAAGAUAAAGAAGAACAGCAGCGGAUGGUCCGGGACAACAACUUCCACAGUCUUUAUGUGAAGAGACAUGAGAACGUCAGCAUCCUUUAUGCUGACAUUGUGGGUUUCACACGUCUGGCCAGUGACUGUUCUCCUAAGGAGCUUGUGCUCAUGCUGAAUGAACUUUUUGGGAAAUUUGACCAGAUUGCAAAAGAGAAUGAGUGUAUGCGGAUAAAGAUUCUUGGUGACUGUUACUACUGUGUGUCUGGCCUCCCCGUUUCCUUGCCAAACCACGCUAAAAACUGUGUUAAAAUGGGCCUGGACAUGUGUGAAGCCAUUAAGCAGGUGCGUGAGGCCACAGGUGUGGAUAUAAACAUGAGAGUGGGUGUGCACUCUGGAAACGUCCUCUGUGGUGUGAUUGGCUUACGAAAGUGGCAGUUUGAUGUUUGGUCACAUGAUGUCACCUUGGCCAAUCAUAUGGAGUCAGGUGGAUUACCAGGACGUGUCCACAUCACAGAAGCCACCCUGAAGCACUUGAACAAGGCAUAUGAGGUGGAGGAAGGCAAUGGUCACCUGAGAGACACCUACCUUAAAGAGUUAAACAUUAAGACGUUCCUGGUCAUAGACCCACGGUCGAAAGACUCGUCACUCAUGGCUCCCAGUAUCACAAAGCCUCGUGUGAGUGACGGUUUGAAGAUGCGAGCAUCUGUGCGCAUGACUCGUUUCCUGGAGUCAUGGGGGGCAGUCAAACCGUUUGCUCAUCUGCAGAGUCGAGAGGAAUUCAACACUGAUGCAAUGGUCAACGGAAAAGGUCAUUGCAAGGACAUCCCUCUUAGAUCAGUACCAACUCACAAUCCAGACAGCUUUGAUGAGUCUCUUGAGGAGCCCUUCUCUUUACCCGCCCCUCCUUUGAGCACAUAUAAUAGGAAUAAAUCACAGAAGACCAAGUUUGAUGAAGAGCUUCAUGACAAAAUGACCACAACCAUCAAUGAUCUGAGCUCCAGCAAACAGUGGGUGAAGUCAGAAGAAAUCUCCGGCCUCACACUAUGGUUUACUAAAAAAGAUCUGGAAAUGCAGUACAGGACUAUAGAGAUGCCAAACUUUAAAUAUUACAUCGGUUGUGCCACUUUCAUCUUUAUCUGCAUCUUCAUCAUCCAGAUGUUGGUUACCAAGCAACGUAUAGAGCUGGGCUUGGGGUUUGCAGUAUUGGCGUGUUUUCUGCUGUUGAUUCUGUGCAUCUGUUUUGCAGAUCAUAUACAGAGGAUGUUUCCAGAGAAGUUAAAGUCAUGUACGUGGCUCUUGGCUCUUUCAAAAGCAGUGGUUAAGAGACCUUUUGUGCGCAUCUUAUUGGCAACUGUAGCCACCACAGUUAUAGUCGUCAUAGCCAUGUUUGAACUGUUUUUAAAAAAAACGGACAAUUUAUGUGACUUACUGCAGCAAAACAGCAGCUUUGCUGAUUCUGCUAGAGACGAACUUCAAUAUUUGCCUUAUUUGGUUUACAAUUGUAUAUUGGCACUGAUCGCCUGUGGCGUGUUUUUGAGGGUGAGUUUUGAGCUGAAGUUGGCCUUCCUUCUCAUCGUCUCCCUUGUUUCCUACACCAUCAUCCUCUACUCUCAGGAAAAUCUGUUCAGCAACUACAACUGCCUGCUCUACACCAACCACAGCUGUGGGGACAGUCUGAUGGUGUGCAAGGCAGGACUGAUGAAGCACCCAAAAAUCAUGAGUUGCAUCUACAUCACACUUUUUCUCUUUACCAUGCUGCUCAUAUCCCGCCAGAACGAGUACUGCUGCCGUCAAGACUUUCUCUUGAAGAACAAGAACCUGGCCGAUAAGGAAGAAGUGGAGCUGUGUGAAAACCUGAACCGUCUCCUUUUGGAAAACGUUCUCCCGGCGCACGUGGCUGCUCUCUUCGUGGGCGAGAACAAAAAGAAUGAGGUGGGGCUGCUGUCCGCUAUCUCUUUACUAAACCGGAAAUACAAGGACCUGUACUAUAAGUCAUACGACUGCGUGUGUGUGAUGUUUGCCUCUGUGCCGGACUUCAAAGAGUUCUACACUGAGUGUGACAUCAACAAAGAAGGCCUGGAGUGUUUGAGGCUGCUCAAUGAGAUCAUCGCAGACUUUGAUGAGUUGCUGUCCAAACCCAAGUUCAGUGGUGUGGAGAAGAUUAAAACCAUUGGCAGCACAUACAUGGCGGCUGCAGGAUUGAGUGGACCUCCAGAGCAGAGCAACCAGGACCGUGAGCGGCAGAAUGCACAGAUAGGAAACAUGGUGGAGUUCGCCAUCGCUCUAAUCGGCAAAUUGGAUGGCAUAAACAGGCAUUCCUUCAACACAUUCAGGCUUCGUGUUGGUAUAAACCAUGGCCCAGUGAUUGCUGGGGUGAUUGGAGCCAGAAAACCACAGUAUGAUAUCUGGGGAAACACUGUGAAUGUGGCCAGCCGAAUGGAAAGCACUGGAGAGCUGGGUAAAAUACAGGUCACCGAGGAGACGUCAAUUGUCCUGCAGAAUCUGGGAUACUCCUGUGAGUGCCGUGGCCUGAUCAAUGUGAAGGGCAAAGGAGAACUCAAAACCUUCUUUGUGUGCACAGAUUCCAGCAAACAGCAAGGCAUCGGUCUGAGCUGAGAUGCUGACAGCUUCACACACACAUACACAAACACACAAACACACACAGACUCCGGACAUAUGUGAUCUCUGUUUUAUUCAAGAAUGUUUUAUUGCAACUGGAUUUGAAUCUUUAGAGCAUGUCUAAAGAACUGCACAUUCUUUCUAACUCUGAUAUGUUCGAGUUUGUUUUGGCAGCAUUCGGAGACCUGAAACUCUCCUAACACACAGCAACACGUACAGCACAUGCAUGCUUCUCACAUGAAAAAGAGCUGAACUUUGUCAUCCUCCUAUGGGAAACAGACCACAGACGAUGGGUAAAUGAGUUCACCGAAGGAAAUUACUGCUUCUCAGUAUUGCACUCAGACUUUUUUGGGUACUGCUGUCAUAGUGGCCUUGAUCCUGUUGGAUUUAGACUGAUUUGGGUUGACUGAGCUGGCCGGCCGCUUUUAGUCUCACACACUCACACAGCCUCAGAUUUACAAGCAGAGGGAACACAAGAAGACAUGUUAAUAUUUACAGUUUCUUUAGUAUAACGUGUACCUUAUUAUCAUCCUUUAAACUUGUCAACUUUUGGGACCAACAAAAUGAUGGAUGCCUAUUCGGUCCGUGUAUCAUCCGUUCAUUUGAUUAUUCCUUUUAUUACGGAAAACG